AUGACUACCACCCUGGGCACCUCCAACGUGCGAGGCGGCCCAUCUCGCUUGACUCGCAUCAACCCUGCCAGAGCCUCGAAAGGCCUCGGAUCGACCCUCCUGCGCCAGAACUCACUGGUCUCCAACAGUGGCCUCGCUCUGGCAUCCUCCUCCGCCGCUGUCGCCUCGCAAAGCCAGACCAAUAAUGACCCACCAGGCAUGUAUCCUGCCAUUACUCAUUUCGCUGAUGCGAUCGCUGCUCUGCCUCGAGAAUACCGGCGGCACACGUCUUUGCUGAAGGAGGUGGACGCAAAAGCGUGGGGUCCUGAGGAAAAUCUACGAGACAUCUUGGAGCAGUGUCUGGCCGACAGUGCUACGACGACGAGAGAUCUAGCUGCCGCGUCCCAAAGCCUGACUGGCUCUACAACUGCAGAUGAUGCUCUCAAUGUCAGCGAAGCGAACAGCGUCGCCGGAGCAUCCUUCGACAACGCCUCCCUCAUCUCUGUCCGGUCUGCCGAUCCUAUCAUUAUGCAGCGCAGACAACAAUACCACGCUCUGAGACAGAAUCUCAUGACGAUCAUGGUCACUAUGGAUGAGAAAAACCACGUCAUCAACAAUGCCAAUGAAGAGGUGGGCAGGCACAUUCGCAGAUUGGACCGCAUCUGGCCACACAUCGCCGAAGAGAUCUCGGAAGAAGCUAGACUGGGGAGCCUGAAGCAUUGGGCUUACACAGAGACGAAUCCCGUCAAGAAGCCCACUGCGCCCACUACGCGCAGAGAGGCUGCGGCUGCGGGCCUAGCCACUUUGCAUGAGAGUGAGAUCGCGCAUAGGAGCGAAGCUAGGAGAGAGGCGGUCCUUGCCAGGAGACAGCGGGGAACGGCCCAGCAUGCAGAUUCCGACUUUGACGACCCAAAAGCACCCGCGCGCAAAACGACCACCAGCGGCAAGAAGCGGGCGGCUGAUGCAGCACUAGAUCCCACGGGAUUGGGCAUCACUGGCGCAGGCACAGGAAAGAGAAAGCGACCUGAAAAGCCUGCGACCGCGGGUGUGGCAAUGGAACGCUCGAUCAGCAGUGCCCUUGGUGGCCGCCCGAUGUCUAGAGAGAAUUCACAGCAGGAGAAUUCCAAGAAGAGAAAGGCGUCCGCCGCUGCUACUUCUGUGGCCCGGAAACGGUAUGUGCCAGAAAAGAAACCCGAGAAUGCAGCUAAUUUACUGAGUUUCAGAAUCAAUGCCGCAACCCAAGACUCGCCCAAACUUGCCUCGUCACCCCUCGCUGGGACAACCGGGAAGGAAGCCUACAAGCGCAGCCCUGCGCUCUCGGCAGUCCGCCCUGCCACGGCACGAGGACGCCAAAAUUCUGCCCAUACCGUCGAAAGCGUGAGAGGGAGACCCUCUUCCCUGACAUCGAGCAGAAACGGGAACAGCAACAAUGUGGUUGCUGGUACAUCGGAAUUGAGCAGUUCGGCUGCCGUCAGUGGGAAGAGCACAACUGAAGUCAAGAGCAAUCUCAAGGAGGCAAAGGCCGACAAAGGGGACCGGCCAGUUGAAGACGAGCCUGCAAGCCAGAACGACGCAGAUGGCGAACAACCAGCGAAAGGAACUGCAUCGUCAGAUAAGUCCUCUAGUAGGCAAGAUACGGCCAGGGGCGACCUUCACGACGAAAUAUCUGCGAAGGAGGCUGCAUCGCCUCGUCUGCCACUAGUCCUGCAAACUAGUGAACUGAAAAACGAGCGCCUGGGUAGAGGCCGGGCCUCCAAGACGUCCACGCCUGUUGUCGGCACUUUCGCCGAGGCCGAGGCUGCAGAGACUUCGUCGACAGGGGGAAAUGGCGGCGCUGCCAACAAGUCCAAACGACCUGCCAGACCAAGAGUGAAGGACCACGGUCUCCACGAUUCGCUGUCGCCAAAAGGAUUGCCAAUGAAGCGACCUCACAAAAAGAGUGCAAGUCUAUCGUUUCCGGCCACGACAACCCUUACCGGCAGUCAGCAGCGCGUCAAAGACGAGACAGACCCUCACACCACAGAGUCAUUGACUCCAUCAGAGCGUGACUUGGCCACCGGCAGCAUCGUGAAUAAUGAGGCCGACACGCACGCGGGAGACGUGGACGUGGACGAGGACGAAGAAACCGGCGACGGGGUGGAGGAAGACGAGGAGAGAUACUGUUAUUGUCAGGGCGUCAGUUACGGAGAGAUGGUGGCCUGCGACAGGGACGAUUGUCCCCGGCAGUGGUUCCACCUCGAGUGCAUUGGCCUGAAAAGUGUGCCCAAGAGCGCAAAGUGGUACUGUGAGGAGUGCAAAGAGGUUUUGGCGAGGAGUGAGAGGACUGGUGGGGGGAAGGGGAAGAAUGGUGGUGGCAAUGGACAUGGACAUGGACAUAAUGGGAAGUAA